GUGGCUCCGCCCACCACGGCGCAGCGGCGAUGACGCGCGCGCGCGGCGCGCGGGGCCCGACAUGAGGACUUUGUGGAGAUUGGGAUACUAUGCCAGACUACUGAAAACUAAUCAUUUUAGGACAGCUGCAUCAAAUACAUCAUUUCCAGCAGUUUGGAUGUUAUUGGCACAACAUUCUGGCAGAAUACCUGGGCUCUUUGUAGUAGUUAAAAAAAAUACUUUCUUCACAAUGCCUGAAACUGCGGAGGAUAAAACUAAUCCAGAACUGUAUUUGCCACAUCCUGGAGUGCGUGGGAUGACACUGCUCAACAGAGAGGCUUUCAAAAGGACAGUGGUUGUUCCAGCUCUUAAAGUCAAGAAAGAAAUUGUGCAUAGUGUGCUGAAGUCUCUAAAACAAUCAGUACUGCAACGUCCCGGCCUCAAACGGGUGGUGGAGGAUCCAGAGGAUGAGGACAGUAGAUUUGUUAUCCUGGAUCCUCACAAAGUUCCGGAAUUCUCAUUAGGAGAGUCAGAGCAGCAGGUUUUGAAACAGCUCAGUGUCCAUCCUGAAGUGACCAAGUACCACCUGGAGCUGACCUAUGAGAAUUUCAAGUCAGAGGAGAUCCUGCGAGCCGUCCUUCCCGAAGGUCAAGAAGUCACCUCUGGAUUCAGCCGUGUUGGCCACAUUGCUCAUUUGAAUCUCAGGGAUCACCAGCUGCCCUAUAGACACUUGAUUGGCCAGGUUAUAAUGGACAAGAAUCCAGGAAUUAGCUGUGUAGUGAAUAAAACCAGUAUUAUUGACAGCACAUACAGGAAUUUUGAAAUGGAAGUGCUUGCUGGAGAGAACAACCUGGUGACCAAGGUCAAAGAAAAUAACAUUGCCUAUGAACUGGACUUUUCCAAAGUGUACUGGAACCCGCGCCUGUCCACAGAGCACAGCCGUAUAGUGGAGCUGCUGAAGGCCGGUGACGUCCUCUUCGACGUCUUUGCUGGCAUCGGACCUUUCGCCAUCCCAGCAGCCAAGAGAAAGUGCCGAGUGUUUGCCAACGACCUCAACCCCGAGUCCUACACCUGGCUCCUGCACAACUGCAAGCUCAACAGAGUGGACACCAAGAUAAAGGCGUUCAACAUGGACGGCAGGGACUUCCUGCGGGGGCCGGUGAGGGAGGAGCUCAGCAAAGAGCUCCCGCUCCUGAAAGAAGAACAGAAAACCGCUUUCCACAUAGUGAUGAAUUUGCCAGCUCUGGCUGUGGAGUUUCUGGAUGUUUUCAGGCACCUCUUGGUCGGGGAGCCCUGCAGCCCUGCUGGCCUUCCCACUGUGCACUGCUACGGGUUCUCCAAACACAGCAACCCAGCCAGAGACAUUCAGGAGCGAGCAGAAGCUGUGCUGGGAACCUCCUUGGCUGGACGCUGUUCCACUUUCCUGGUCAGGAACGUGGCGCCCAACAAGGAGAUGCUGUGCCUCAGUUUCCAGAUCCCAGCAGAUGUGCUCUACAAGAGGCCCUGUCCUGACGGAGCAAAACCAGCCUCGAAACGUCUGUGUACCAGCCAAGAUUCUUCAGAAGAGAAGCUACUGAGUUGAAGACCAGAGCUGUGGUGACUACCUUAAUUUGUGUAAAGGAUAUUUGGGGUUUUAUUCCAUGAGUUAUAAGGAGCAGACCUGUGUUCCCCUCAAGUUGCAGCUUUCCUCUGCGAGUCUUGCUUCCUGCAGUCACCUUUUUUUCUCAUUGUGGGAUCGAUUGAAAUUGUUAUUACUACAAAAAAUUAAAACUUUAUUCUCUUAUAAUAAAUGUGUUUUGGUA